GGCUCUGAGGGGAAGGCAGAGCCACAGUCAGUGUUGGUCAGAGUUGAGUGCACCACAGCUGCUGGCCUAAAACUGAGAGAGAGAGAGAGAGAGAGAGAGACAGAGAGAAAAAAAAAUACAGAUUUUAAAUCAGAGGACGCUUGACACCCCUCAGCAGCUCACUUCAGUUCACUAAUCAGUGCUGUAAAGAGCUGAUUUGACUUUGAGAGAGGUGAAGAAGAGAGAUUAGAGAAACAGAGGAGGGCGUGACAGGGAGCCAGUCGAGCAGGCAAGCUGCUACUGCAAGAGGAGGAAGAGCAGGCUAUGCACCAGCCAAAGCCAGAGGUCAAGAAAAAAAGCGAGAGAAUAGUGAAAAGGUAGACUCUGAGCGACAGGGAGGUCAUUUGUGAUCUGAGCCAGAAAACCAGAAACCAGCCUCUCUUUGUUGUUGUGUGGGCCACCGUGAGGAGGAUGUGAAGGAGAGCAGCAGGGAGGAAGGGAGGCGACUGCGAGAAAGACAAGAAAAUGCUGUCAGAGAUGAUGUGCAGGAGGAGCUGCCAGCAGCAGCAGGAUGGGAAAGAGGCUCCACAGAGGGACGCUGCCAGCCGCAGGAAGCACGGCUGGUCCAAGAGCUGCAGGGGGCGCCUGCAGGGGCGGAGGACAGGAGGGGGAGGGUGGCCGAGAGGGCGCAAUCACCACCACCAACACCCUCAACGUCAUAAUCCCUAUUACCAUCAUCCCCGACAUCUCCAGAGGCCGGUGAUGUCGCUCCGGCCCGUCAACGUCAAGGGGAACAGAGCGAGGGGGAUGCGGGCCCCCAAGAACACCAACCAGUUUCUGAUGCACGAGAAGUACCAGAUGCUGCACAUGCGCUCCGACUCGGUGGGGAGCGACAGUGGCAGCAGCUCCGACAGCGACAUGGAGCUCACGGACAUGGACUCGUACCUGGGCGUCCUGGAGAAUGCAAGGGGAGCCCUCCUGGAUAGUCCCAACCCACACGGCUCAACAACGCCACCGGGACAGAUCCUGGUACUGCACGAGGACAGUCUACAUCUGCACGAGGACAGUCUGCGUCUGCACAAAGACAGUCUGCGUCUACAGGAGGACAGCAUGCAGUAUUUCCCCUCUGAGGACGAUCUGAUGCAGAGCCAGAAUUUCAUGCAGAGGGACUUUGUUGAGUUCUGUGACAUCCUGACACCCUGAAGGGAAACUUUCAGGGAGCCAUUUUGUUCCCAGCAGUGUGAGACUCAACCCUCAGACUGAUUGGGGUCAGGUUUGUUCUGAUUCAUGUUCAUAGACAAUACUAAAAAAUCUCCACCUUAUUAAGUCAUUUAGCCUUAAAAGUUGAAAAAUCUGCCGCAGACUGAGAUUAUUUCAUUAGUUUCCAGCAGGAAUAAACUUUUUAAAGAUAUUGUUUUUUAAAAUCAAGUGUCAUUUUCUUAACAUUCCUGCAGUGAUUUGCCUCACUCUGUCUUUUUUUGAGACACUGGCACUGAUGUUUAGAGAACAACACUGCACGGAGAGAAAGUGGAAUUAUCUCACCCUGUUGGCAUUUUUCCAGGUUUAAAGAAAUAACUUUAACUGAAUGCAAGAUUAAAUGACAUUACUAAGACGGAUGUUUUUUUGUUUCUUUUUACAGUUCAUGUUUGGUUCAUGUACAGUGUGUAUGGAUGCUGUAAAGUGCUGCCUUUCUGUUGUUGUUGUUGCACACAAAGGGAGAUGGGCUGGGUGGUGGGAGUGAGCCCAAACAGCCAAUCAGAAUCGAGCUGACUGGAUUAGACUGCAGCUGAUUGGCUGACACAGACUGUCAUUAACAAAAAAGUCUUUUACUGUACAAAAAUGUUAAGAAAGAAGAAAAAACAGAAAUAAAUACCUGAUUGAUGUAA